AUAAAUCCUAUAAAUAAAUAAAAAGUCCAAAAACCAAGGCAUACUCAAAAUCAGCUAACAGCAGUCACUCACCAGUCACCAAUCUUCUUCAUCGUCGGCACAAAGCGUUACUUUUCUCCGAUUUACUCCGGCGGCCGGCGAAAUUCGAGCUAUGGAGAAUAUAAAUGGCUCAGUUCCUGACAUCCCGAUACAAGAGUUUAAUGAGAAAGAAAAUGCUGCUUCUGCUGAAAAUUUCAGGCGAAGUGUUGAUGAAAUGGUUGGGAAGGUUGAUCAGCUUGAGCAGAGAAUGAAUGAAGUUGAGCAUUUCUAUUCCAAUACUAGUAAAAAGCAAUCACACACACCAAGAGGUGGCUCUAUUAUGAAAGACAAAGAGAAACAGAUUUCUAGCUUUAAAAGGCGGCAGCAGGAUGCGUCACGUAGAGAAGCAGCUGGUUCCAGGAGAAUGCAAGAACUUAUGCGCCAAUUUGGUACUAUAUUACGUCAGAUCACUCAGCACAAGUGGGCAGAACCUUUUAUGGAACCUGUGGAUGUCAAGGGUCUUGGAUUGCACGAUUACUAUGAGGUUAUUGAGAAGCCUAUGGACUUCAGUACUAUCAAAAACAAGAUGGAAGCAAAGGAUGGUUCUGGCUAUAAGCAUGUCCGAGAGAUAUGUGCAGACGUUAGGCUAAUAUUUAAGAAUGCAAUGAAAUACAACGAGGAAAGGGAUGACGUUCAUGUAAUGGCGAAAACCUUGUUGGGAAAAUUUGAGGAGAAAUGGUUGCAGCUUUUGCCAAAAGUUGAUGAAGAGGAAAAACGGCGAAAGGAAGAGGAAACAGAAGCCCAACAGGAUAUGCAGCUCGCUCAAGAGGCUGUUCAUGCCAAAAUGGCUAAAGAUCUAAGUAUUGAGCUUGAUGAGGUGGACAUGCAACUGGAAGAACUCAGGGAAAUGGUGCUUCAGAAAUGCAGAAAGAUUUCAACAGAAGACAGGAAACAACUUGGGAAUGCGCUCACAAAGCUGUCUCCCGAAGAUCUUAAUAAGGCACUAUUGAUUGUGGCACAGAAUGAUCCUACUUUCCAACCAACAGCAACAGAAGUGGAGCUUGAUAUGAAUGCUCAGAGUGAGUCCACAUUAUGGAAGUUGAAAUUCUUCGUACAGGACGUGUUACAUGCACAGGGGAAAAGCCCAGUGAGCAUCAAAGCAAACAACACCAAUACCAGUAAUCUCCUUAACAACAACAACAAACGCAGAAGAGAAAUUUGCGAUGCACUCGCCAAAUCUUCCCAAAAAAAGAGUAAAAAGCCAUCUUGAUUUGUCAUUACCAACUUCUUCUGAUUACUUUUGGAGGUGUAAAUGUUUUGAGUUGUUGGGGACACGAUAAACGAUCUAUAUCUUCAACGUUGUUAAUACCUCAGAAAGGACAGAGAUAGCCAUUGUAAUAAGUAGGUUUUGUAUAGGAAAUUCCUGAUGGAUAUAUCUUUACUUGGAAGCCUGCAAUUGCAGAAAUACAUUAGCAAUAGCGCAUUAACAAGUUCUUGAAUGCUUGGUUAAAGUACAAUAUUUAUAGAAAAAAGUCUUUAUCA